AUGCGCACUUACGACACCGCGCCGAUGAAUGCUGAACGACAAGGAAAGAACAAGGCACGGAAAAGCUUUGCAAUCGAUGCCUUCUUGCAGAAGGGCCUUCAAUGGCCGUUGGCCGUCUUCAUGGUCUCAGUCCUCGUGCUCGGCCUCCUCCUGCGUGCGCUGGAUGGUUUAUUCUUCUCAGAGGAGGAAACCUCCUCCUGCUGCUGGGAGAUCGGCCUCUGCGCUGCGGCGACCUUCGGACUGGCAGUAGCGUCUCGGCCUGCCAAGAGCAACAAGGCUCCGAAGACAUGCCAGAAGCAGCUCGUGGCAGGUCGCUGUGCGGCCAAGCCAGCGAAGCCAGUCAGCAAGCCAGCAGGCGAUGAUGCCAAGGUUGCUGAGGUGGUCGCUGCAGUUCGGGCCGGCAACAUGGAGCUUGCCGAGGCCAAGCUCCUCCUGCUGUGCAAUUCCUGGAGGCUGAAAAACGGUGAUGCCGUGGAGUCUGUCAAUGCCCAGACCACGAUGGAGGCGAAGAUGGCGGAGGAGCGAUGGCUCAGCUUUCUCGCGGAGAAGGGCAUGCUUCGAGACUUCAACGCGGUGAUCACCGCAAACGCGAAAGAAAAGAACCCAGUCGCAGCCGAGAGGAUUGUAACGUUCAUGUGCAAGCAUGGUAUUGAGCCGGACGUGAUUACACUCGGCGCCGCCGUCCACGCCUUUGCCCAUGCUGGUCAGCAGAAGGAGGCGGAACGUAUGUUUGACCUCAUCUUGACCAGGGGCAAAACGCGCCCAGAUGUCAUCGGAUUCAAUGCGUUGAUCGAUGCAUCCGUCAAGGUCGGUGAUACGAAGCGUGCAGAGUAUUGGCUGGAAAGAAUGCUGGAGAUUGGUCUGGAGCCCAACGUGGUUAGCUACACGACGGUGCUCCAUGCCCACGCCAAGCACGGAAACAUUGAGGCUGCUGAGACCAUGAUGAAGCUGAUGAAAUCAAACGGAAUCGCAGCCAACGUGGUCACUUAUACGGCCCUCGUGAAUGCAUGUGUGAAGGCUGGAGAUCUACCCUGUGCAGAGAGGUGGUUUGAUGAGAUGCAGAGUGCUGGGAUUCAGGCCAACGCUGUUUCUUACAGUGCGCUGCUGAAUGUGAGCGCAAAAGCGGGCGACUUCAAGCGGGCAGAGCGGCUUCUGGAACGCAUGUGUCAGGACCGCGUGACGCCCACGGAGGUCUGCUUCAACAAUGUCAUCGAUGCUUGUUCCAAGGCCGGGCAGGCAGCCCGCGCAGAACACUGGCUGUGGCGCUUGGCAGAAGGCAAGGAUCUUACCGCCGACCUUGCGCCAACACGCCAAUCUUUCACUGCUGCUGCGCAGGCACAUGCCAAGCUGGGAUCUUUCGGAGACGUGGAACGUCUCUUUCGGGCAAUGGAGGUCAGGGGCAUUUCGAUGGAUGCCUUCUGCCUGACCGUUCAACUCUCUGCUUAUGCACGAGCACGCCCACGCCAACGUGAACGCCUCGAGGAGGCGCUUCGCAAGUAUCACAGCCAAGGGCUUGCCAUCACCAAGCCGCCUCUCCGUGUGGCGAAGUCCGUCCUUGGUGCGCAGCGCCUCGAACAGCUCUGUGCCGAGAUGGGCAUGAAGGUUCCUGACCUCAGUGACUUCGCAGAGGAGCGUCGGCCCUGGCGGCGGUGCCCUGGCCAGAAACAGACGCCGAGAGACGGGGCACAUUGA